UCCCGGGCCAGGAGCAUAAACAGCGGCUCCGCGCUCCGCUGCCACGCCGACUCGACGCCUCUCUGCUCUCGCUGCAGCUUUGAAGCGCUCACCGCGGCUCAAUCAGGUCCACACCCGUUUGCCUCUCCGUUCUCCCCCGAACACAACCCACAAACCCUGCAUUCAGGCAGCAUGGCAGCACAACACCCAGAGUUCGAGCGGGCCGGACAGAAGCCGGGUCUCCAGGUGUGGAGGGUGGAAAACUUUGACCUGGUGCCCGUCCCUGAGAACCUGCACGGGGGGUUUUACACCGGAGAUGCCUACCUCAUCCUCAACACCAUCAAACAGCGCUCCGGAAACCUGCAGUACGACCUGCACUUCUGGCUGGGUGAUUUCUGCACCCAGGAUGAGAGCGGCUCGGCGGCCAUCUUUACCGUCCAAAUGGAUGACUUCCUGGGGGGGAAACCCAUUCAGUACCGUGAGGUGCAGGGAUACGAGUCCAAAACCUUUCUGGGAUACUUCAAGUCUGGAAUCAAGUACAUGAAAGGAGGUGUGGCGUCUGGGUUCAAACACGUUGUCACCAAUGAGGUGGUGAUGCAGAGGGUGCUCCAGGUCAAAGGUCGCCGUGUUGUCAGGGCAACCGAGGUGGCGGUCAGCUGGGACAGCUUCAACCAGGGAGACUGCUUCAUUCUGGACCUGGGAGAUGAGAUUUUCCAGUGGUGCGGCUCCCAGAGCAACCGCUUCGAGAAGCUGAAGGCCACUCAGGUCGCCAAGGGUAUCCGUGACAACGAGCGCAGCGGCAGGGCCCGAGUUUAUGUCUGCGAUGAGGGGAUGGAGAGGGAGAAGAUGUUAGAGGUUUUGGGACCCAAACCAGAUCUGCCUGAGGGGGCCUCUGAUGACAUCAAGGCUGAUGCCUCGAACAGGAAGAGAGCUAAACUCUACAAGGUGUCCAAUGCCACUGGAGGUAUGACGGUUGCCCUGGUGGCUGCAGAGAACCCGUUCGCACAGAGCGCCUUGGAGUCCGGUGACUGCUUCAUUCUGGACCACGGCUCAGACGGCAAGAUCUUUGUCUGGAAAGGAAAAGACGCCAACAUGGACGAGAGAAAGGCGGCGAUGAAGGCUGCCGACGAGUUCAUCAAGAAGAUGGGUUACCCCAAACACACCCAGGUCCAGAUCCUGCCAGAGAUGGGCGAGACACCGCUCUUUAAACAGUUCUUCAAAAACUGGCGGGACAAGGAUCAGACCGAAGGCCUGGGCGUGGCCUACAUCGCUAACAGCAUCGCCAAGAUCGAGAAGGUGCCUUUCGAUGCCGCCACUCUCCACGAUUCUGCCGCCAUGGCCGCCCAGCAUGGCAUGGUGGACGACGGCAGCGGAGAGAAACAGAUCUGGCGCAUCGAGGGAGCCGACAAGGUGGCGGUGGAUCCAUCCACAUACGGCCAGUUCUACGGAGGAGACAGCUACCUCAUCCUCUAUAACUAUCACCACGGAGGACGCCAGGGACACAUUAUCUACAUGUGGCAGGGGAUGGACUCCAGUCAGGAUGAGAUCGGAGCCUCUGCGAUCCUCGGCGCCCAGCUGGAUGAGGAGCUUGGUGGUGGUCCCGUGCAGGUUGUUGGUGCUCCUAUAACCACUCAGGUGAGGGUGGUGCAGGGCAAAGAGCCGGCCCACAUGAUGAGUCUGUUUGGAGGACAGCCCAUGGUGGUGUACAAGGGAGGAACGUCCAGAGAAGGAGGUCAGUCCGCUCCCGCAGAGACGCGACUCUUCCAGGUGCGCUCCAACUCUGCGGGACACACCAGAGCCGUGGAGCUUGAUGCAGCGGCGUCCAACUUGAACUCCAAUGAUGCUUUCGUUCUGGUGACCCCCGGCGGUUCAUUCACGUGGGUGGGAGUGGGUGCCAGUGACACAGAGAAGCAGGGAGCUCAGCAGCUCUGUGACAUCCUGGGGGUGUCGGCCUCCGAGCUGGCUGAGGGAGGAGAGACCGAUGACUUCUGGGAUGCUUUGGGUGGAAAGGCAGAAUAUCGCACCUCCACCAGACUCAAGGACAAGAUGGACGCCCACCCACCGCGACUGUUCGCCUGCUCCAACAAGACUGGAAACUUUAUCAUUGAGGAAGUACCUGGAGAGAUUACCCAAGACGACCUGGCCACUGAUGAUGUCAUGAUCCUUGAUACCUGGGAGCAGGUGUUUGUUUGGAUCGGUAAUGAGGCUCAGGAGGAAGAGAAGACCGAAGCCAUGGCAUCUGCGGUCCGGUACAUCGAGACAGAUCCGGCCAACAGAGACCGCAGGACGCCCAUCGUCAAAAUCAAGCAGGGCUUCGAGCCUCCCACGUUCACCGGCUGGUUCCUCGGCUGGGACCACGACUACUGGACCAGCGACCCCCUGGAGCGGGCUAUGGCUGAACUCUCCGUGUGAGAGCUCAUGUGAUCCCCCCAUCCCCUCCCUAAUAUCAGCCUUGAUCCUUGUCCUCCCCCCACCCCCACUCUGUCACUUUUUUAUGCUGCCAAUACACCCUGAAGACAAGAGGAGUGUUUUUAUUUUUUAGUUGUAGCAGUGUUUGAAUUCACUGUGUGUUAUAGCGGUGCCUUCACACCAGUUAUGAAGUCAACCAAUAGAAACGGGGCUUUAACAGGUAAACAGGCUUUCUGUUGGCUUUUGCACUAAAAACAGUCGGUUAAUAGAACUGUUUUCAUUUUAUAUUAGAUUCAUAAAACCAGUUUACUAGUGACAAACAUACAGCAAGACACAGCGAGUUUGGCUUGCCGCAUUAUUAGAAACCUCACUCGUAAGAAAACACAACUUCUGCCAUUUUGUGAAACUGCUUGUCCUCGGUAUCCCAGCUGUCAUUGGGCGGGAGGUGGGGUACAUCCUGGACAGGUCUCCAGCCACACAGACAACCAUCCACACUCACACCUACGUCAGGAUCUGAAAACAAAGCCUAUGAAAAUCAGUAUACAACCAAUGCCUUAAUAUCAUUUCCUUCAUUUUACAGCAAGACUGCUAUUUUAGAAUCAAAGGUACUGUUCCAUUUAUAUAAUGUCCUUACAGUUGUUUGUACCUUUAUUUUAGAAGUCACUCUUAUUUAUUUAAAAAAGAAAAAAAUCUCACAUUCACGCCCACUAAGUUUGCUUUCUGUUCUCUUAAUAAGAAUCCACCGCUUUGCCGCUUUUAAAACCAGCUGUGUCUCUGUGACCGUGCGGUUUCCCAAAGCCAUGUCGUCAUUUCAAUUAAACCAAAUAAAAACA